UAUGCAACACAUGACGCCUAGCACCAGUGCUUCGACCUGCGCUGAUCUGCGGGCCACUGCUAGGAUCUUGAGUGCUGCUGAGUUUCAGCGACGGGUGCUGAAUGGGAUGAGCGUCAUGAGGAGCCAGCAGACGGAGAUAAUGGACAUGAUUUCGACAUUGCUACGAGCGCGUGAGAGUUUCGUUGUAGAGCCCAGCCAGCCGAUCCUCGUUGAUCCCCUCGACACUCCUGAAGCAAUUGAGGUGUUUGAUGGCGCUCUUACAGAUGCCACGAGUGAGGCUUUGGUUGUGGAGCUGACCUCCCUUGGGGACCUGUCUAUCAAAACAACUGUAAGGUCUAUGCUUGCACACCUGAUUAGUGACGAAGCUGCAGCCAAGUUCAGCAUGGAUGGGCGCAAAGGGAAGGUUUUCCGUAGCCUUAAGCUGUACAAAUUGAUCUUUGCUGCUAUAAAGCGGACAAAGCACUGCAAAGAGUCUACGAAAAAAGAGGUGGAAACGGAAGUCAAGGAGUGGCUUCGCCGCGCAAAGGAGAGGUGCACCACUUCUAAGGGAGAGUAGGCAUCUACCUGCAAGUGUGAGAAAGGUGCCUCUGCCCUGGUUCUGAUUGCAAAUAAAAAACUAUUUUGCUGUCUAACAUCCUUGUUUCCUUCUAGCUUACGAAACAUAAGGCCAACUGGCACUGCGACAUCACUACGUAAAAUGUAAUCAAAUGAUUGCAAAAUUACUUUAAAAAGUAGUACACAUGCAUCACAAUUCAUUUGAUUACUUGUAGUCGAGAACAUACAAUACUGUUUUUCUUUUUACCGCACACAGUAUCAGCUUGAAAGGAGCUUACAAUUCUAAGGUUCUAGGCCUCUAUUAAUGGACCUUCGGACAACACUUGAAAAAAAAACGAAUUACCGAUGUGUCCACCUCUUUUUUUCCCCGUCAUACCUAUUGAAUGAUCUUGGAGAC